CUUUCCAUUUGUUUUUUACGUUUCAGUCGGGAAAAAACAUUUAGCUGCAACAUAGAAUUGAAUUUUUUUAUCUUUUUAUUUUCAGGUUUGUAUGCACAACUGAUACCUUCACUUUGAAUUUUGCAUGUACUGAUGUACGGCGCUUGCAUUCUCCGGUGGUUCAGUUUACGAGGACUGUAUAUAAUUCGUGAUACAAAGUUCGUUCUAAUCUAAAUUACUGUUUUCUAAUUUCGUCUUGAUUUAAAUCUUUGUUUACAAGAUGAAUGUGUGCAUGUGCAUGUGUUCGAAAUUUGAUUUCCUUCAUGAUGGUUAGGGCAGAAUAAUUAUAUUAACAUUUGGAUUUUGCAGUUAUUUCACUCGAAAACAAGUGUUUCAUAUAUAUAUAAAGUCAUAAAGCAAUCCAAAGCGAUAUUUUUUAACCACAAUUUGACCUUUCAAUAUAUAGAAACUAGUGUGAAAUUACUGAAAUACAAAACACUGAUUUCCAGUCUCCCGCGCUGCGCUGCGCAUACUCGACAGCGUGUUUAUUUUGAUAUUAGGGAAAUCAUAUUUCUUUGAACCAAAUUCAUGUAGAUUUCACUUAGCGAGCACCUGGAAACGCUAGGCUUAUUUAAAACAUUAAAACGUUUCGUUAAAGCUUAACAGGAUUUGGAAUCUUGUGAAGCUAGCUUGAGAGGGCACGCCUCGGUCAACGGAAGGAAAUAGGAUUCACAGUUUUAAUACACAGCGGAUGAUAUUUUGUCCGCGAUUUAACCGAUAACAGUGGUGUUCGCGAACGAAGAACAAAAUAUAGCAUUCUGAAUAUAUCUGGCACUUUACAAUAUAUAAUAAUCGAAGUGGUCUUAUUAUUGAGAUACCGGAAUUGGCGGUGGUAUUUUUAUAAAGAUUAUUAGCAUUCGCGUACGAUUUGUGUUUUGUAAGUCCGCUUAUAAAGUCAGAAACAAAAGCAGCUGAUUUUUGAGGUAACACAAGGCUGGUCCGUUUUCACGUUCUAUUCAAACGAUCCAGAGAAAGUAUAAACUGGAUGUUAUUGCGGAACAUACAACAAUGAAUUCGAAUGCCGUUCGACUACAUAACAGCCAAAAAUUGUAACAUUUCUGAAGGAAGAAUUGAUCGUCAACAAAGGCUGGCCGACAAAGUUGAGUAAUGGGAUGUCCUAUGAGCAAAAGAGUUCAGACAUCGUCAGAGACGAACACAAGUCCUGUUCAAAUAACUCAUACUUCCCCAAAUACUCCAGAUGAAAAUAGCAAUGGGGUUUUAAGGCCACCACAGCCAAGGAGGCCACUGUCAAAUUAUGAUAACUGCAAUAGUAAUGGAGUGAAACAUCUUCAAAAUAUUCCUGGGCAAAUAAACAAUCCCCUAGCUCCAGUUAUACUUAAAAACAGGCCAAGCACAAGGACACAGUCCCAAGUGGAAUUUUUCGCAAUGUUGGAUUCUAAAAUUGAAGCGGGCGCUGACCUUAGAGAUGAGGAAAGAUGAUAUCCAAUUUAACCCUAAGAGAAAAUCUUGUUCUCGUCAAAACACAGAUUAUUUAGUCGCCCAAGACAGUAAACUGCCUUAAAAUUCUCUCAAAACGGAGUAUCUAUGUUGUUCUCAACAACAAAAGCUGGAAUACCAUUUAAAAAAAAACGAGGGAAACUUA